UACUAGCCUUGAGCACAAUGCAUAAGAACAACAUCAUUCCAAGUAUUCUUCCUUUUUCAAAACAACAGCAUCUGAACUGAGAAAGACUUGGCUGCUGUUUCUAACAUCUUGACAGUAGAGUAAAUUCCCACCUUGAAAAAGGAUUACAACACGAUGUCUACCAUUAAUUCAGUACCAACGCAAGCCAUAAUUUUUCUAGUAGUCGUAGGAGGAUGCCUGGUUUUCCUCAUUAUAUUAUACAUAUUCCUUGAGAAGAAAUCAUGUUUUGCUGGGCUUCAGUUUUUAAAAGACAGUGCCUAUGCUUUUGAUGACAGCUCUAGUGAGAGUGAAGAUGAAAUUAUUAAAAGAUAUCAACAUUCCUUCAAAACUGAACAGAAGAAGCUUGAAAAAGAGGUCCUUAGUAGUCAAAGUAUAAAACGAACAAAGAGUACCAAAAGCAAUGAUUUACCAUCACAAAACAGCACUGUAAAGUCUACCGAUUUGGCACCAAGAAAGGCAUCUUCUGAUGGAAACAUAUCCAGUAAAUAUCAAGAUAUCAAAGAAACUAAAAAACUUGAAAAAAAUAAAGUUAGUGAAGCAGUUCCAAAGAAAACUGAGGCAAUCGUUCCCUCCCAAAGUACCACUACUCACUUAUCGGAACCACUGGUAAGGAAAGGAGCAGAAACUUCCACAUCAAAACUAACCACUACACACAAUGAUCGGCAAAGCGAUGCUGAAGGAAUAAGUAACCAAGCAUUCCAAGAUGAAGUGUCCUUGUCAAUGUCGGUCAACAGCGAUGUUUUGGAUAGCCCAGACCACAACUCCGAUGAGCAUCUGUUUGAUAUAAGUGAUUUGCACCAGGAACCACCAUUAAUUUCUAAAUGCGGAAGUCUUGAAGUUACAUUUCUCUACAGUCCCGAAGAGAAUACAAUGAAAAUAACAAUCUUGCAAGCUCAAGAAAUCCCAAGUAAAGACAGGGGUGGUGCUAAUAGUGCCCAAGUCCGAAUACUCCUGUUACCAACAAAAAAACAAAGAUUCAAAACCAAAAUUAAACCAGGAGAUAAUCCAGAAUUUGGUGAAACAUUCACAUUUCAAAAAAUACAGAAAGAGGACCUGAUGAACAUGGGAGUACGUUUUAGGCUCUAUGGUUGUGAAAGAAUGCGGAGGGAGAGGAUGCUGGGAGAAGCUGUCAUUGGUUUUGCUUCUAUUAACCCAGAUAUGGAAUCGACUCACUGGAUAUUACUGGAACCACGCAGUAACCUGAGUCAUGGAGAUUCCCGUUAUGAUGUCUCUAGCCUUUCUCGUAGUGAGAGUGGUUCUUCAAGUCAGUCAAUGCAACAUGGAGGGAUGCCAGAACUAUUCCUUGGACUUUCCUAUAAUGGCACCACAGGACGGUUGAUGGUGGAAGUGGUAAAAGGUAGCAACUUCCGCAACAUGGCAAUGAAUAGAGCUCCAGAUACCUAUGUGAAGUUAACUCUGAUGUCUCCAACUGGUAAAGAAAUUGCCCGAAGUAAAACUUCUAUACGACGUGGUCAGCCAAAUCCAUUGUUUAGAGAAACAUUUGUAUUCCAAGUGGCAUUAUUUCAACUGCCAGAAUUAACACUAAUGAUCUCUGUCUACAAUAAACGAAGUAUGAAACGGAAAGAAAUGAUUGGCUGGUUUGCUUUAGGAAUGAAAAGCAGCGGAGAAGAAGAACAGAGCCACUGGAACGACAUGUGUGAAAACAAAGGGGAGGAAGUACAGCGCUGGCACGUACUCCUUGAAUCUUGAGCCACCAGGGCUCAAUGAGCUGCACUGAACUCUUGUUUCCAUUUGUACCAAUACCAAUACUCUAGUAAUAAUCUUCUCCUCCCGGACAAUGUUCACAGUCUACAUAUACACAUACACACACAGUCACACUUGUGCAUACAUAGUCUGCACCCUUCCUCUUUUCUCUCUUUGUCCCCUCCUCUCUAUCUCUAUCUCCUUGUUAAAAGACAUAACCUGCAACUAAUUGUAGCCAUUAGAUGCCAUCAUCCACAUAGCUCUCAUCUCCAUCAUCUCUAUGUCACUCACGUAUAUAGACUCUUCCUCUCCUCCUACUCUCUCUCUUGUCUUUCUACUUCCAGCCCUCUCUUACAGAAUUUCCUUCCACUAAACUCUAUGUAUAUCUGUAUAUAUGUAUAUCUAGAUAAACCUUCACUAUUUGAACGAAACUUCUUCUCAAGAAUAACUAACCACACCCACACACACACCAGACUUAGAAGAAAAAAAAUUUAGAUUCACAAUUCUUCCUUAUUUGUGUAGAGUUCUAUGUUAUGACUUGAUACUGUCGGUUGCAUACCUUAAUUCUGUUCACGGUGGCCCACUGAUUGCUGAACAAAAUGUCCCAGCCCCAAAACCACCACCAUGUUAGCCAAUGAGUGAGUGUCUUCAAGGUCAAUUGACCUGCUAGAAAUAGCUGCCAUAUCCCUCUUAAUUUACACCAUACUCUCUUGUAAAAAAAAAAA